UAUUUCGAAGUGCCUACGUUGUGGGGUUUCAUGCUUUCUUGCUCAACAUGGCCAGAUCGUUUGCGGAGCGGAGUGGAACCGUGCCCACGUUAUUACACGUAUAUGUGCAGUCCUUGCUUUGUUACCAACAUAUCAAGGACGGUUGAGGAGAGCGAGAGAUCAGAGAUCGCUUGCAUACUGCCGAGUUGCUUUUCCAAUUAAUAAUUCUCUCUACUUUGUGGAUCCUUACUACAAGUAACGAUAAGUUGAGGUGAUGUGAACUAAGAACCCUUCCAAAGUCUCGGAUCGUUACGACGUGAGUGGCUGUAAGAAUGAGUAGUGGUGCGUGCAGAGUUUGCGGCAGUACUUCUUUCGAAGAAGAUGAGGGUUUCUCAUUCUGUCAAGAAUGUGGAACUCAAGUCGAGCUGGUACAGAGGGAGGAGGCCACCGAUGAUAUGAUCAUGGGCGGUGGCCGCUGGGCAUCCGAAAGACGUUCUCGGGCCGGCCACAGUGACGCGUCCCAAAUGCUGACGUUGGGUGGCGCGUCGCAGGAGUUGGUUACGGCAACUCCGACGCGGACGUCGAAGCGUUUCAGUGCGCGCCGCACGGCACAGCUGGAGGACAUGCAGAUGCUGCGAGCGGGCCACCUGAUGAGAACCACUGGAUCAGAUGAUAGCUGGGAUCUUAACGCGCUGCUGCUGUAUGCGGAUAGCCAUGUCGGUGACGAUGCCGUGGCGGACGCCGACAAUGAUUCAAGAAUCCCUACGGAGUCCGAUACGGACGACUCUGGCGAUGAAACUGGCACUGCGGGAAAAUCAUCCACUUCUUCCGCUAGUGCUGCUGCCACUACUGCUUCUACUAGUACUAGUAGCAGAGACGGAGAGACACCGCAGAAGGCAGCUGAACCGAAGAGAACAUGGACGCUGGUGGAAAGUUUGCAGGUGGUCCUCCAGGCUCAAGUGGAUGCUUUAGUUUGCGCCGGCUUUCCUACUGAGCUAGAGGACGUUGUUGGGCAGCUGUGGUUCUUAUACCUUCGCUAUGCUGGCCUCGCCUUCACCGACAAUCCAGCAGAGGAGGAAGCAGCCCACGCUGCCUUCCAGCAGGAGGGCGUCAAACGUAGAAAGCGGUUCAAGAAGGCCGUUCGUACACCGAAAGCUAAGAGGCUGAAGCGGUCUGAACCAUCACACACAGACCCUACAGCUGCAAGCCCUACAGCUGCAAGCUCAGCUCAAUUGCAGCCACCUGCUGAGGUUAGUGGUGAAGUUCAAGCUGCAAGCGUUUCCAACGAAUCUAGUUCUGAUCCUGUAGCCAGCAGCCAAUCAACUCUGGCGCCACCUACCAAGAGUGGACUGCGCAAUCAAGGAUCAGUGACAUCGCAUCGCCAGGUGCGUUUCAGCGAGGCUCUCCAAGUGCACAGUGAUGAAGAUAGCAACCAUGACGAUAGCGAUGACAGCGGAACAAUGUCUGAUUAUCAUGAGCAGAAAGUUCAGGAAGGACUAGAAACAGUGGAGUGGACAGAGGAUGAUGAUAGUGCAGAUGCUGCCGAUUCAUCUGAUGACGAAUUCCAUCAAUUCAACCCGGGAUUGUAUGAUUUGCCGGCGUGGAGCAAUAACAAGCUUGCAACUAAGCAGCCUCGGUUAAUACAUCUCCUUGCCAUCAACUAUCUGGCUUUACUCAGCUUGGCAGAGCCUCUUCUAGCUUCAGAUAUGUGCAAUAUGACGAAGGAGGGGUGGUUUCCGUACUUCAACGUUGACUAUCUCUUGGAGGAGCGCAUGGUGCUGUGGAACCACCAGUAUCUUCUAUUUCGAACGACGAAAGCACCAUGCCCUAAGUCGUUGUACAUGCUGGCACACGACAUAGCAAAGGCAAUUGACUUGCCACUGCCGCCGAUUGACCUUGGAGCGAUAGCCACUCGUUUCUUGCAGACACUCCUCCUCCCUGCUCGCUUAGCACAAUGCUUUAAUCAAUUCCUCGUGUUGGCACCAUUACCCCAGCACCCUGUCGUAUCGGGACAGACCUACCAGCGAGCUUGGCGUGACACAAACCUGGAUGUGUGCUGUAUGGCAUCGCUGAUCGUGGUCAUUAAACUGAUCUAUGGACUGGAUGAUAUUCUUGAGUGGUUUCAGGCCGAGCAUAGCCAGCCCAUCCAAUGGAAUGUGUCUACGCAGACACCCGUCAAGCCAGAACAUCGUGACAUGAUCCCGAUUUGGCAAGAUUGGCUGGCCAUGUUCUCUGAGCGCUCCAGGGGCAUUUUCUCAACGCCCAGUGCACACCAACAGAGGCUGAAUAUUCGAACUCUUAUGAACAGUGACCGAGUGGUUGAGGAGCAGCGUGGGCAGUUCCUGAUGCGACCACCAUCACUGCACUCCAGUAAAGAUGAAUACAACCUGCGCAAAGAUAUUUGCAAGACUCAUCGACACACAUUCUUGAAAGCGGCCACGGGCAAUGAUAGAUCUUCCUAUGCACCAUUGGCUCCGCAGCAUCUGAACGUAAACGCAGACUCACCAGUCAUACCGGAACGGCCACGCAAAGUACAUGCCUUUCCUCUGAAGUUUCCUCUGGGACCUAGCGAGGACAGGACUCGAACUGCCGAUGAUUCCCAUCUCAACAUGUCGACUUGUCUGAGCUCUGGGGCAAACUAUGUACGAUUGAAACCGGCAGCGCAGCUCCACUACCACCAGUCGUUUGGUUAUCUGCUUGAUAUUUGUGCCGGUAUCAUUGACUGUAAUGUGACCACUCUGAAGCGACAGGUGUUCUUGGUCGAGUCUCGCGCUCUGCGCACAGCCAGUGCCGACAACCUUCACCUCCAUUUCGAGUGAUCAUCUUCUGGUGAUGGUCGGCCUUGAUCGUGCGGAAAGUCAAUCCUAACACCGGUACAAUGCUGUGUACAUAACUACAGUAGUUUUACAUAUCCUCGGUGUAUCCUCGUUGUAUGUAAUUAUAUAGGUGUGUGUGUGUGUCUGUGUGUGUCUGUGUGUCAGUGAGCGCACGCACACACGUGUGUGUAUAUGUUGCGAAAUUGUAUUACGAGUAUGAUUUACGCAUGUUGUUGUAUUUGGUUCUUGUGUUGUAGAGUCCAGUGUCUGAUGGUCUAAGUGUACGCUUCCGUCUGUGUGAGAGUGACUGUCAAGUGAAUGCUGUACAUGCGCAGUGCUAGUUUGGUCUGGGAAUGAGAGUCAUGUGUGAUUCGUCCGUGGUCUGGUUGUCUUGGUCUUGGUCAUGUGUUCUGUACGUAUUAGUCCCUGAUUGGUCGUCCCGAUUUGUCGUCGCUUUAUUACUGCUUCAAGGAUCAAGGCGCAGCAGGGUGGUGGCGUUCCUACGGAUGCGGAAAGCCCGGCUUCCAGCCGAGUCUCACGCGAACCGUGAAUUUUUUUAAUUUAUUUAUUUUUUAUUACUGCUUGGUCUUUGUUGUUUCUUCGUGUGAUUUCCCGGGUGUCUUUUCCCGUCAUCGUUUUCACUUUUCAGUCUAGUCUUUUUGUCUUUCUCCUCCUGCACCCUUGUUAUUUGUUGUUGCUGUGUGGCGGGGCCAGGGGGAGAACUGUUUCCAUUUCAUAUGUGUCUGUCUGGCUAAAUGUUUUCUUUAGGGCAGGACGUUUUUUUCUUUUAUAUAGUUGAUGUUCAGCUCUGAGUGUGAGGUGCACUAUUGAUGUUGAACAGCGAGUUUGAGAUGCGUAUCGAUUUGAUUUUCCUCGUUUUAAAGACAGUGCUGGUUGGACAUGGCGUUAUGAUUAGAUGUCUAAUUGUACUUACACAUGCUACCUUUAAGUCGUUCUUUAUUGC